AUGCACAGUGCCCAGAUCAAGGUGCCCGCUCAAAAGAUUGGCGUCGUGGUGGGACGCAUGGGCUCCAUGAUCAAAGCAAUCCAGGAGCAACACAAGGUCCACAUCAGCCGAUCCGGGGAGACUUUCACCGUCCUCGGACAGCAGCAGGCUGUCGCAAUGGCAACAAUGGCCAUCAAGGAGCUGAUUGGAGAAAAGCCCGGCAUGCACAGUGCCCAGAUCAAGGUGCCCGCUCAGAAGAUUGGCGUCGUGGUGGGACGCAUGGGCUCCAUGAUCAAAGCAAUCCAGGAGCGCCGCGAUGUCACUGUCAGGAGGAGCCACGAUCUGUUCACCAUUGUCGGCGAGCAGCAGGCUGUCACAAUGGCAACAGAGGACAUCAAGGAACUGACUGGAGCAAUCCAGGUGAUCUGUGUGUCGUGGCUUCAGUCGGGUGAUUGCCUGCCCACACUUCUGACUGGCAAGGAGCGCGUCCUACUUGGAGUGCCACAGAAGCUAGCGCCUGGCCAAGGGCAAGGUUCUGGCCAGCUGAUGGCCUACCGAAAUCGGGCCAGCUACAGCCCAUCGGGCAUCCCAUUCGGCUACUGGGGCGUGGACUGA